CCAUUUCUUGUCGUCACCUUAUUAAAUUUCAGUUUCUAAUUUCGCAGGUUCUUCAGGUGAAAUUAACAGUGAAAAAGCAGAGGGAGCUCAUCCCACAGUCGCCGGUGGAGCAGCAGACCCAAAACGCCGUCGUACUACUCCCUCUUCGUCUUCUCCUUCUCCAGUUUAUGGUUUCUGCGUAUUAAGCAUCGUGGGCUGCGUUUAACUUUUUGCAAUGGGAAAAACCCCGGGGAAAUGGAUCAAGAACUUGCUUCUUGGGAAGAAAUCAUCCAAGUCUACUUUUUCCAAAGUAAGGGAGAAAUCUACAAAUAAAGGGGAGUCACUGUUCUCUUCAGAGUUAACUGUGAGUGCUCCGCUGAUAUCACCAACAUUGGUUUCACCACCACUGAUUGAGGCUGUUGCUAGUAAUGAAGUGGGUUCUGAGAUCACAGUAGCUGAAAAAUUGCCCAAUGAUGGGGUUAUAAUGUCAUCUGCAAAGGAAGAUGGCCGAGCACAAGCUAUCUUGAGUUCGACUUCUCAGGAAGAUCUUGAGACAAUCAAGCAAGAGCAAGCUGCCACAAAGGCGCAAAGCGCUUACAGGGGCUAUGUGGCUCGCCGUGCAUAUCGGACUCUUAAGGGAAUCGUGAGGCUGCAAGCACUUAUUCGUGCUCACUUGGUUAGAAGACAAGCUGUAUCCACAUUAUUCUGUGUCCAGGGGAUUGUUAAGUUUCAGGCUCUGAUUCGUGGUCAACUUGCUAGACAUUCUGAUGUUUUGGUUGAGGGUGCUACAUGUUUUAAUUUAUCUGGAGUAAGUGCAGAUUCACAGGUGGAGAGGCUGUCCAAAAUUGUUUUUGUUCAGAAGAUUUUGGCUUCAUUGCGUACUACAAUUCCUCUACGUCUGGAGUACGGUCCUGGGGAGCCUAACUCGUCCUGGGUGUGGCUUGAGCGCUGGACCAGGUCAUGCUUUUGGGAACCUGUUGUACAACUGAAGAAAAACCCUGAUUCAAGGUCUCGUAGGAAGCAUGAAAAGGGUCAAACAAAAGAAACUGAAAAGGCCAGACCAAAAAGAAGCGUUCAGAGACUGUCCGGUACAAAUGUUGAAAAUGGGUCAAAACAUGUCACCCCUGAUUCUGAAAAGACUAAACGCAAUUUGAGGAAAGUUCCUAGCCCUUCAGAAGUUGCGAAGGUUAAAAGUAAUGUGAGAAAAUCUUCUGAUUCCAAGAAGGUGGUUUCUGAUCGGUCAUUAGUUGGUGAUGAGAGACCAAAGCACAGUACUGUGAAGAGUUUGGUUGCUGCUGCUCCUGAUGAUUUGGAGCAAGGCACUAGUGAAAUUUCCAAGAAGAUGGAACAUAUGGCAGUUGCUGUGUCAAAACAGUCCGAUCUAGAAGGAAGUGUGGAGCUGCCUUCAGCAGAUGAACCCAUGGAAAAGUUAGAUGACCAUCCUUCUGGUGAUGUGCAACCAUUGGAGAACAAUGGGACAAGUGAAGAAUUUCAAGCAAUAAAUCAGGAGCCAAACUCGAGGGAUCAUGUUAUCGGGAAUGAAGAUACGAAAACCAGCCAGAGAAGGGCUUCUCUACCUAUGAAGUUUGAACAUCAGGAGAAUGGUGUUCAUAACACACCUAUGAAGUUUGAACAGCAGGAGAAUGGGGUUCAUAACACACCAAGAGUCCCUAGUUAUAUGGCACCAACUGCAUCAGCAAAAGCUAGGCUGAGAGGACAGGGCUCCCCCAGGUUUGACCAAGAUAUUGUUGAGAAGAAUGUUAUUACCAGGCGGCAUUCAUUGUCUGCUUCCACCAACACUAAGUUAAGUUCUCCUUCCCCACGGGCACAUGGACUGGUUCAAGCUGGAAAAGGAGUAAUCAGAAGUGACAGAUCUUUAUUGUCUUCAAGGGAUGGUUUUGAUAAGGCGAUCCAACCAGAGUGGAGGAGGUGACUUCGGACUAGGUAUUGUUCCAUGGAAGUGUAUCGAGGGCAGGGAAAGAGAAAAAUACCAACUCAUUUGCAGUUUCAGGUUUCGUUGUUGUUGUGAUUAAGUUAUAGUGAAACCAAGAUUGAUGUGUUGAGUGAUCAGUGUUGUAUGUGCCGAUCGAGUUUGUUCUCUUACUUAGCAUUAGGGUUAUUUGACAGUUUGGAGACGUUGUUUUAGGUUUGAUGUUUGUGAUAUUCUGUCUCAUCAAAUCAUGUACAAAUGCGAGCGAUGAUUCUCUUUUGCUUGUUAAAUACUUGGGUUUUCUACUGGAUAGUUUGCUACC